AUGUCAACGGAUGAUCAGCCCGUCGCUAAGGAGGAGGUUGCUGAAACCCAGUUUCAGAAGCCGGGAGACCUCGUUGAGAGAGAUGAGGAGACUGGUGUUAUGCAGGUGGAGAGUUUGUGCAUGAACUGCCACGAGAAUGGAACUACUAGGCUAUUGCUUCUUCGAGUGCCAUUCUUUCGCGACAUUAUUCUAGAAUCUUUCGAAUGUGAACAUUGUCAUACGAAGGAUAACUCCGUCAAGUCCGCCGGACAGAUCCAAGAAAAGGGCUCGGUAUAUACCCUCGAUGUCGAGAACGAAGAGGACCUCCAACGGCAGGUCAUUCGAAGCGAUGUAUCGAUUUUCAAGGUUGAGUCAUUGGGUAUUGAGAUGCCCAAGGGUGAAAGUCAGUUGACUACUGUGGAGGGUGUCAUUCAGAAGAUCCACGAAUCACUCUCCAGCGAGCAGCCUCUGCGAAAGACUCAGGCACCCGAGCUGCACGACGCACUCCAGCCGAUUGUCGACAAAUUACAGAAGAUCUUGGACCGCGAGGGCUACCCAUUUACCGUUUCUCUCGAUGAUCCAACCGGGAACUCUUGGAUUGCUCCUACGACCCAGGACACUGGACGCAACUACAGGCGUCGGGAUUAUGCCCGCACGCAUGAACAGAACGAAGAACUUGGAAUUGCUGCCGAUCCCGAGGCCGCCAAGAACGAGGGAGAGGCAUUUGGGAAUCCCGAGGACCUGGAUAUUAUUGACGGAAAGGUUUACAGUCUUCCCGCCGAGUGCCCCGCUUGUUCCAAGAACUGCGUUGUCAACAUGCAGAAAGUUGACAUCCCAUACUUCAAGGAAGUCUUUAUUUGGAGCAAUGUCUGUGAUCACUGCGGCUACCGCUCUAGCGAUGUAAAGACCGGUGGUGAAGUCCCCGAGAAAGGAAAGCGCAUUACACUUCAUGUGGAGUCUAUCGUGGAUCUCCACCGCGAUAUUUUGAAGUCCGAUACUUGCGCACUACUCAGCGAGGAGCUUGAAGUCGCCGUCCAACCCGGCACUCUAGGUGGACGGUUCACAACUGUUGAGGGACUUCUCACUGAAAUCCGUGACCAGCUGAAGGGUCAGAUUUACGAUAUUGAUGACUCUACACAGAGCGGAGGUGACAGCAUGGCGGAAUCCGACAAGGACAAGUGGGCCCGCUUCUUCACUCGUCUUGAUUCAGCCAUCAAGGGCGAAAUGAAGUUUGUGAUUACGCUCGAAGAUCCCAUGGCGAACAGUUACGUUCAGGACUUGUGCGCCCCAGAACCUGACCCUCAGAUGAAGACCGAGGAAUAUACUCGCACGGAAGAGGAAGAAGAAGAUCUUGGUCUUAAGGACAUGAAGGUUGAGGGAUAUGAGGAGGACAAACAGGACAAGGACAAGAAGGAUGAAGCUGAAAACGAGUCAUGA